GGGCUCGCGGAUCCGGCCUGCGCGGAGCUGGCGGAGCGAGGGAGAGCGGCACGGCGAGGGGAGGAGAGACGGCAGCAGGAGGAGGAGGAGGAGGAGGCGGCGAGCUGGCGAUGGCAGCAGCCCGCGGGCGGAGAGGCAGCAGCCGCGGGCUGCCGAUGUGAGCGGCGCCCGGAGGAGGAGGAGGAGGAGGCGGCGAGCUGGCGAUGGCAGCAGCCCGCGGGCGGAGAGGCAGCAGCCGCGGGCUGCCGAUGUGAGCGGCGCCCGGAGGAGGAGGAGGAGGAGGAAGGAGCGGAGCAGCCGCGGGGCCGCCAAACAGCGGCGGUGCCCGGAGGAGGAUGAAGGGGAAGCGGGGCUCGGCGGGCGGCGGGGAGCUGCCGGGGGCCGGCGCGGUGCGACAGAGGAGGCGGCGGAGGAAGGUGUCCUGCUUCUCCAGCAUCCAGCUCUUCCUCGUGUCCGAGUGCGCGCUGAUGCUGGCCCAGGGCACCGUGGGUGCCUACCUGGUGAGUGUUUUAACCACCUUGGAGCGGCGAUUCAACCUCCAGAGUGCAGACGUGGGUGUCAUUGCCAGCAGCUUUGAGAUCGGCAACCUGGCCCUCAUCCUUUUUGUGAGCUACUUUGGAGCCCGAGGACACAGACCGCGCUUGAUAGGAUGUGGAGGGAUUGUCAUGGCCUUGGGUGCCCUCCUUUCCGCGUUGCCUGAGUUUCUGACCCACCAAUAUGAAUACGAAUCAGGGGAGAUACGCUGGGGAGCUGAAGGGAGGGAUGUGUGUGCUGCCAACGGGUCCACCAGUGAUGAGGGACCAGACCCGGAUCUUAUCUGCAGGAAUCGGACUGCCACCAACAUGAUGUACUUGCUGCUCAUUGGAGCACAGGUCCUCCUGGGCAUUGGUGCUACCCCUGUCCAGCCCCUGGGAGUUUCCUACAUUGAUGACCACGUGAGGCGGAAAGAUUCCUCUCUGUACAUAGGGAUCCUGUUUACGAUGCUGGUAUUUGGACCAGCCUGUGGAUUUAUCUUGGGCUCCUUCUGUACCAAAAUCUAUGUGGAUGCUGUCUUCAUUGACACAAGUAAGCUGGACAUCACCCCAGACGACCCUCGCUGGAUCGGUGCAUGGUGGGGAGGUUUCCUCCUCUGUGGUGCCUUACUCUUCUUCUCGUCCCUGCCCAUGUUUGGCUUCCCACAGUCCUUGCCCCCAAGGCCGGAGCACGCUGGGGAGAGCGAGCAGGCCAUGCUUCCCGACAGGGACUACGAGAGGCCCAAGCCGAGCAACGGGGUCCUGCGGCACGCACUGGAUGCAGAGAGCAGCACAACCUGCUUCCAGCAGCUACGAGUGAUCCCCAAAGUAACAAAGCACUUGCUUUCCAAUCCUGUCUUCACCUGCAUCAUCCUGGCAGCCUGCAUGGAGAUAGCUGUGGUGGCAGGCUUUGCUGCCUUCCUGGGGAAGUACUUGGAGCAGCAGUUCAACCUCACCACCUCAUCUGCCAACCAGCUGCUGGGGAUGACAGCAAUCCCAUGUGCAUGUCUGGGUAUAUUUCUGGGUGGCCUUUUGGUGAAGAAGCUCAGCCUUUCUGCUCUGGGAGCCAUCAGGAUGGCCAUGUUGGUGAACCUGGUGUCCACAGCUUGCUAUGUGUCAUUCCUAUUCCUGGGAUGUGACACAGGACCUGUGGCAGGGGUUACUGUUCCCUAUGGAAACAACUCAACUCCAACCUCAUCUCUGGACCCAUAUUCCCCCUGCAAUAACAACUGUGAAUGCCAAACUGAUUCCUUCACUCCAGUCUGUGGGGCAGAUGGGGUCACCUACCUGUCUGCCUGCUUCGCUGGCUGCAGCAGCACAAACCUCAGCGGCUGUUCCUGCCUCAGCUCAGUCCCUGCAGAAAAUGCCACCGUCGUUCCUGGAAAAUGCCCCAGUCCUGGCUGUGAAGAGGCCUUCUUGACAUUCCUCUGCGUGAUGUGUGUCUGCAGCAUGAUCGGGGCCAUGGCGCAGACGCCAUCGGUCAUCAUCCUCAUCAGAACCGUGAGCCCCGAACUCAAGUCUUAUGCUCUGGGGGUGCUUUUCCUGCUUCUCCGUUUGCUGGGUUUUAUUCCACCUCCGUUGAUCUUUGGGGCUGGAAUUGACUCCACGUGUCUGUUCUGGAGCACGUUCUGCGGCGAGCAAGGAGCCUGCGCGCUGUAUGACAACGUGGUCUAUAGAUACCUGUAUGUUAGUAUUGCUAUAGCCCUCAAGUCUUUUGCAUUCAUCCUGUAUACAACCACCUGGCAGUGCUUGAGGAAAAACUAUAAAAGAUACAUCAAGAACCACGAAGGUGGUCUCAGCACUAGUGAGUUUUUUGCCUCUACUCUCACCUUAGACAAUCUGGGGCGGGACUCAGUGCCCCAAAACCAACCACAUAGGACAAAAUUUAUCUAUAACCUUGAAGAUCAUGAGUGGUGUGAAAAUAUGGAGUCUGUUUUAUAGUGACUGUGGAGGGAUGGACUAUAUCAAUAAUCUGAGGGUCCUUUUUAAUAAUAACGAGAAGAGAGAAUGAAGAAACAAAAUUACAGAACAACAACGGCAACACAGGAAACUUUUGUCUUUUUCUCAAAGUCAAACCCAGCCAGGAUUCUUGAGAACGACAUCAUAUAAUGGGAUCACUUGUGAUAUCCUGUGGGGUGAUGGAGAAAGCAGGGAGCUACCAGCCCCUUUGUUGACAGUAUGGGCUUCCAAAAUGGGAGUUGCCAAAGGGCUCCUGCAGAGGUUUGUUGGAGAGCUUGGCCAAUAGAGAGCCUUGGGCAUGAGGUGUGGAGGAAGCAAGAUGAUGAUGGCAAUGCUCGAAGAGGCGAUUGCAGCCCCAGGGGUCAUAGAAUGGGCCGAAGGGUCCGCCCUUCAAACCUGAGUGCUGCUCAAACCUGCUCUGUGAUGGUUGCCCUGACACCAGCCACGAGUCCACGAUAAACACCUUGAAAGCUGCUGGAAAGCUUCCAGGUAGCGAGCAGUGCUGUCCCAGUACCCGAGUCCUUCCAGCCCAAGGCGUGUUCACAGAUCGCAGCUUUUGGGUUGUCGCUGAAUAGCUGUGCUCAGAUCUUUCAAACCCAGUAAAGUUGGAGAUGUUUGCUCACACUUGCCAAAUGUGCUGUCAUUUCUAAAAGAGGGAUGAAGUCCAAAUAUUUGUCUUGUGUAAUCCUCUAAUUUUUGAAAUUAUUUUCAAAUCUAUGUUAACCCUUAAAUCGCUGACACUUUUCCAUUGGGAGGACUUGCGUUAGUUUGGGGGAGGAUCCUGUUUAAUAACGUGACUCAAGGGGUUUGUUUAAUCCUCUGCAUUUUUUAUCCAUACGCCUUCAUUCUAAUAUGCUACCAAGCCAAUGAAGACACAUAAUAUGUUUUUAAAAGAGAACGAACGCACUGUGUCUCUAUAAAAACAGUUGGAGAAUUAUAGAUAAUAUGAUUAUUUACAUAAUAUAGUUUUUUCAUAUUCUAUGUGACUCAGUGAAUACAUAUAUAUGAAGGGAGAAACUGUUUAUGUUCUCUCCUGUUUUUAAAGAUAUAUAUAUAUAUAUAUAUAUAAUUUGCAAUCUAGAAAUUGUGUGGUGGAUGUUUUCUUUACAGUACACGUGUGUGUGUAUGUGUGUAUGUACCAGGUGAGAGGGACACUGACCUUAAUCUUCACAACGGUUAUUUUUCUCACUUGAGAAAUUCCACUCACUUCCAUGGAAGCCAUGUGAGGAAAGUAGAAUAAUCUCCCCUCCCAGAGACUGCAUUUUGCCCUGUGAUGUGCAAAGUGUGUUCCUUUGGAAGGCUGGGUUAUGGGAGCAGAGGCUGGCCAGCUCUGAGCACCUCUGAAAUGUUCGUUCACAUCCUCAGGAGGUGCCCAUGCAGAACAGAUUUGGCUUUGCCUUUGCAAUGCAGUCUUAUCCAAGACCGUGGAAAUCAAGGGGAAGCUUUGAACUGAUUUCAAGAAGCUAUCAGGUCAGGCUUAUUUUGCAUGUGUAUUUUUAUUUUCCAAAACAUUCCUUUUGGGAAGCAAUACUAAGUGAUUGUGUUUGAUGAGUUUUCCCCAGCCAAAAAUGGAAACCAGACCCAUUUCCACCAGAGUAAAUGUCAGAAUGGUUUUAAGGGUCAGCAUCAUAAUCAGAAAACUCCUUUUUUUGUUGUUGUUGUUUGUAUUUUGAAGCUGUUGUGAAUGUGCAGGUGUUUAGAGAGGUAUGCCGGCAUGUUGAUCCGAAUGCUGGCCAUCACUUCCAUGCAGUAGAUGGGCUGAUCUGCCCCUGUUCCUCACCCAUUGCUGGCAGUUACAGGGGCUGAUAACCUGCUGCUCAUUUUUAGCAGACCUUGCUCUUGUCUGGGCAUUUACACACGGAUAUGGGGCAUCAGGCUGCUUCCACACAAUUUGCUUCACAAACGUGUUUGUAAUUCAUGCACAGCACUACAAGUUCAGCAACAAUAAGGGCAAAAAAGGAUGAAAUAGGUAUAUCAAACAAACUCCACUGUGCCGAAUACUAAACAAAUGUUGUGUCUGCAGAUAUUUGGUUCUUGGUUUUCAGCCGUGCUAAGAAUCACUUGGAUAAUGGAGGAGCUUAAGGAAAAAUAAGCUACAGAUCUAUGCAGUGCCAUUGUUAGGUGUGGUGGUAAAUGAUGCUUUUAGACCAUUAGAUUUGUUUAGUAUAUCCUGUCUGCUAGAAUAAGAGAUACUGCAUCCAUAAAACAAUGAAUUUAAAAAAGGCACAGGGUGCGUAACUGUCUCAUAAAAUAUGUAUAAUUGUCAAGUGUAAGCCUUUGGAAUCAUUCUGUACAGUUCUCUUCAUUCUCAAAAUUUAUUACUUAGACUGCUGUCUUUUCAAAUGUUAGCUCCUAAUGUUGUACUGUACACACACAUUACUCAGACUUGAACACAAACGUUGGAGAAUGGAACCUUUCUCAAAGCCUGACUGCUUGAAAUUCUAUAACUCCCUUCGUGAUUCCACUUUUUCUCCUCUGAAGACCCGGGGUGAAGGAGAAUGGCAUGGUGGCAUGAUGGAAAACAAGCUCCCUGCAUUCAAGAGCUGUGGUUUGUCAGUCUACUCCAAAGUCCCCCUUGACUGGAGUUAUAGAAACAGGAUUCCAGUGCACUCAAUGCUUUCAAUUUUAUUUUUUCAUUUUUUUUUAUUCUUCUUUUUAUUCUUUUUUAAAUUUAAUCUCUUGGUGUGUGUGGGAGAUGUGAUUGAAUGGAGUUACUUCUAUUAUUUUUAAGCUUAACUUAAAAUAUCUGCACAAUUGUUGUUUUAUGUCUUUUGUUAAUGUGAUUUUUGCAAAGCUCUCUUCCCAUCCCACUCUAUUUUUUUUUCUAGAGAUCUAUCAGAUGCCUGCAUUGUUAAGGGCUUUACUGUCAUUGCUUUGGUACAGGUUUGCAACAAGGGUUUUAUUUUAAAGAAAACAUGCAGACCAAAACCUUCAUCCAUCCCAGCAGGCUCUUUGCUUUUCUGAUUUCAAAACCACAAACCAGGUUCGCCUUCAACCCAGUCAUUCUUUUAGGAUGACAAGUGAAGAGUCUUAACCAUCCUCCUGCUUCCCAAUGUGCAGUGUUCACCUUCACCUGUGAGCACUUCAUUUCCAUCCCACAGCUGCCUUAACUGUGCGGCAAACUUGAGAGCAAAGCUGGAGGUAGAGAGGUGUCUCGGAGCAGCAGUGAUGCCAUGGUCUGAGCACUGCACACCAAUUUCAUGGAUGGAUGUUUUUCUCCAUGUUCAGGAGUAUUAAAACUGAGAGCUUUGUUGAGCCGUUGGUCUCAGCAGAAAUGUUAUUUUGCCAUCUCCAAGCACUGUGUUCUCUACCUGACUGUCUGCUAAGGGAGGGGAUACUGGAGAUGUAAACUACUUGAGAGGCAGCAUUCUCUGAGGGGUUGCCCAGUUGCCUAUGCAUGACUUCAGGUUGGGGUUUCCUUUCUCUUGGAUGGAUGCCACUUUGCCGUUGCUGCAGUAGAUUCAGAAGGGAUCCCCGAUCAACAGUUGGAGCAGAUUACACUCGUAUUGGUCCCAUUGAGGUUUCUUGUUUGAUUUUACAUCCUCAUUCAACACCAGGAUACGUUUUCAGAACCUUUUUUUUAAAUACGUAUUGAAACCAUUCAUUUUUCUGCCUUUGCCCAGAAUAUCUUGGAUGUGUAAUGGGAUCAAAAAGAUCAUCACUUGAAUUAUCUAAAUAAAGCCUCCCUUCCUUAGGAACUUCUAGUGUAUCAAAAGAAGUAAGAAGGGCCUCGCACUCCCAUACGCUGUGAGAUCUCUGAGCUACUGAGUGCUUCCAUCAUUCAUCCCAGCUGGGUCUCACCUUGCUGCGAAGAUGAAAAGGGGAAGGUGCAGAAAGGAAUCAGUGUCAGAUAGCUGCAGCAGUAAUGAUUCAGAAUUGAGCUGAUGGGCUGUGGACCUUUGCAAAGCGAUCAGAGUAUUUCCAAAUGUAGCAGAAAUGCAAAGUCAUGGCCUGAAGCACUGAUUGAGCACCUGGUAGGAAGGCAGGGCCAGCCCAGGGGAGCUCAGGUGCAUGCAAUGCAAUGCAAUGCACCUGAGUGACUGGAAGGGCUGGAGCCAGGAUCCACCCCUUCCCAGCCCUCAUUUAAGGGCUGGCAGUGGAGGUGAGGGGAUCUUGCUGAGGAUCCCUGCCUGCCUGAGGUCUUCUAAGGGUAAGCAGUUUUUCUUCCUUUGUUUCUAUGUCUGCAGCUGCUGCACUGGGCUUGUACUUGUUUGCUGCAGCCUAGGGUUGUGCUGCACUUUCCAUCACGUUAUGGCAUUAUGCUGGCAUAUUUUCUUAAAAUAAGAAAUAGUGAAGGGUCUGAAUGUGGUUUGUAGUCUUUUCAGUCCUUGUUGGAGUUCAGCGUAGCAUCCUUAGCUGGCCUUUGCUCAUCAGAACUGUUGGAAGUGAGGUAUUUGGGAUUUACCUUUGUGUGUCCUGUGGGCCCCAGGUUUUCUGAAGGUUUGAGCAAGGCUGAUGGUGUUGUGAUGUUUGUUAUGUUCUUGAUAGGUGGCACAGGCAAUUGUCAGCAUUAAAAACAUAUGCAACUACUUCACUGGAGUGACGUCUUAAUAGCUUUGGUCCUUUGUUCACAAGGACCACUCUGCCUUUGGACGCAGCCAUGCACAUCUGUCCCCUUAAUCUCACAUGAGCAGUCUUUGCAGGAAGAAGCAGGUGUAUUGUUGCUGACUCUCUGGAUCUGAUUAACUCCUAUGAAGUAAACAAACUUUGUGUUGGGUAGGGUACCCCGGAAUAGAAGCAAUAAUGUUCACCCGUUCCCACUCCUAGUAGGAGUUUUUUUUCUUAUUGAAGUUUGAGCUUACUCUGUUCCCAUCAUCACGUGCUGCUGUUGUGAUCCAUUGUUUUUUGUGGUACCAGGAGGCUCCCAUCGUUGUCCUUUCAAUGUAAUGCCUUCCUGUCUACUUAGCCUCACACCCCACCAGGCAGCCAAGAGAUAAUUAGUUGCUGUGAAUGUAAGCAGCAGUUAAUUGAGAUGGGCAGUGAUGAGAGUCUCCAGGAGUCACUGGUACGAUGACCCAGCCUCCAGUGCUUCUGGAUGGACCUGCCUGCCCAACCUUCUCAAAACCCACAGUCUGUGGGCGUUUCUUCCAAACUAGCUAUAAGCUUCCAGCCACAGUGCUUCCUCUCAUUUAGACUGAACAUCAUGAAGGAUUUCUUCUCAAAAAGAGCUGUAAUGCUUUGGCGCAGGCUGUGCAGGGAGGUGGUGGAGCCACUAUCCUUGGAGAGUGUCUAAGAAUCAUGGAGAUAUGGCUCUGAGUGACAUAGUAAGAAUGGGUUGAAAGUAGUACUAGGUAAUUUUAGGGGUCUUUUCCAACCCUUAUGAUUUUAUGAUUCCUUCAGUGGUGAUGCCUCAGUUCUACCAAGUCACUACUGGCAUUUAAGUGUGCUUAGGAUAUGAGCAGGUCUUGGAUACUCUCAAAGCAUGAUGGUUUGUUCUGCUUUGUGCACUAAGCCUGUCACUUCUCGGCUGCAAAACAUGUUUUCCAUCGUUCCAUUUAAACUUCUAGCCAGUCUGCUGGAAAAAAAAA